GUGUUGUGUGAUUCACAACAUCGGGCACAGCGCGGGCUCACGGCGCAGGCACAGCGAGAUAAGCCUUGCUGGCGACCCACCUGCGGAGAUAGCGACCUGAUAACAGCGUGCAUACGGUGAUGUCGCCGCUAUCGCGCUAUCGCUGACACUCCGCCUGGCGCGGCGCACGGCACGAACACACCGGCACGCGGCCAGCCCCGAGCAUGUGCUGCCGCGCGGCCCCAGCGCUGCUGGCGCACGUCAACCUGCUGCUCACGGUGUACGGCGGCGCAGCGCUGGCGACGGCGGCGCGGCUGAAGUGGGACCCCAGCACGUACGUGGUGGUGCGCGAGCUGUUCCCGCGCGAGUACCGCGCGGCGGCGGCCACGCUGGCAGCGGGCGGCGCCACGUUGCUGCUGCUGCCGCACCUCGCGGCCGCCGCGCUCAACGCCGAGGCUCGCGCGCGCCGCCUCAUGCUCUAUGCGUACGCGGCGGCGAUGGCGCUGCUGGUGGCGGGCGAGCUGGUGUUCGGCGCGUGGCUGGCGGCGCAGGUGGCGGCGUGGCUGCGCUCGCCCGCCGCGCAGCAGAUGGCCGAGGCGCUGGCGCUGGGCGACCACGUGCGGCCGCUGCUGCGCUACCUGGCGCGCUGGCACCCGCUGCCCGACCGCAUCGACGAGCUGCUGCAGGAGGCGCAGGAGGACGCGCCGCGCAACGCGUACGUGGCGCUGGCGCUGGGCGCGCUGCUGGCGCUGCUGCAGCCGCUGGCGGCGCUGCUGGCGCUGCUGGCGGCGCGGGCCCCAGCGACUCGCGCGCGCUCCGCCUCGCUCGUGCCGCUGCAUCCGCGCCCGCCCUCCUACGACAGUGGGUGGGCGCGCCGCGUCGCCGCCUGCUGCGUUACCUACGUUAUCAAGAUAUACUAUAAGGAGAAAAAUGUGAAAAAGGCACAAAUCGACAGCUGUUGAGUGUUUGUCUGCAGUGCGGGCUACGACUACCAGAAGAUGCCGCGGACCACCUACAGGAACGGGCGCAUCGUCGUGCUGAGCCCGUCGCGCGCCUGACGCACUGACGCCGCGUGCUGCCCGGGGGCGCCUGGUGCGGCGCAUCAGCGUCGGCGCGUGCGAGCCACAAGUAACAAGCUCAAGAGACAUUACCAAUACUUACUAGAACUUGUGUUCACUUGUUUUUAUAAUUGAUAAGUAUAAGAGUACUCGCAUACUGCAGAGUAAACCGACAGCUGGCCCGAUGCGAUGGUGAGAAAAAAAUCGUGAAUUCAAUUCAAGGUUUCAGUCUGAUACCGGCCAAAUACCUGAUCUCUGUUAUGUGUAAGUCGUGGUAGCCUAGUGGGUAAAGAACCAACCUCUCGAGUAUGAGGGUGUG